CGUAAUGAGGAAUGCGGGCUGCAUUGUCAGAAAUAUUUGACCUGAAAACAAAAAUUGAGAGAGACUCGAGUUGCAGAAAAUGCUCCGUUUUAUCUGCUGUUGUUGCUUCUCAAGUGAAAACUCCGGCAGCGAGAGGCAGCCUCUCCUGGACCCCAGACCAUCUGACCUGAAUGGAUCUGAAUCAGCCAGGCAGACCCGGCCAGCACACAGUGAUGCGCAGACCGUGAAGCGGAUUGGUAGGCUGGUGAUGAGGCGAGUGUGUGUGCCAGAGCUAGACAAGAGGUUUUCUGACAUGGCUGAGACGUUCAACGAACAGCAGCAGCGCUAUGAGGCCAUGGUCCAACACAUCAUUAACCUGCGACAGGUCUACGGCUGUAACCACAACGAUAGCCUGGCUUUAGCCGAAUGUGUGGGGAAGAUCAGAGACGAGCAUGAGGCCAAGUACAGGGUCUCCCUUAAGAUAAAGGGCUAUGACUUCUCCCUCAGUGUGGUUCCUGCGGGGCCAGAGGGGGAAUGUGAGGAGGAACCACUGCCUCCACAUCUGCGAUUGGCUCAGGAUGAACUGAAGGGCGCUUCUGAGAGCGCCAAGGCCACCAUCUCAAAGGGUACCACACUUCAAGAGUUGAUUGGCUGGCUGCUCCGUAGCAAGGAUCAAAUGGCUGAGCAAGUAAAAGGGGCUGCAGCCUCCUACCAGGAGCAAGGAAGACUGAAUGAGAACCUGGAGGAGAACAUGAAGGAAGUGAGGAGGGCGAAGGAGUUGUCGCUGGGAUACAGACAACGGGCCGGAGAAGUCCUCACUGAGGCUGCACAGAUAGCCGGGGCUUAUCUGUAGUUCAUACACAUUUUAAAUGCUUUUUAUUAGAAUCUACCAAUUACAAUACACAUAUUACGGGAUUCAAAUAUUCACAGAGGUUAUACACACUCUUUGACAAUUAUGGGUAUGGGAUCACUGACUCACAACCAGACUACCUGUGACAGCUGAGAUGGAACAUCAUUUUGCUGUCUAGCUAUCUUUUCCUUGGUAAACUUGCCAACUGCAAUUAGCAUUCAUAUCAUAGCAUUUGCAACAACAUCAGAAGUAUUAGAUAAUGAGUGCACACACAACGCCAUGCAUGUAUUUAAACAGGCUUUGCAGGCCAAUGCAGCCUCUUGUAUCAUGUGUCCUGCAAGAACAUGAAGACUUGCGAUUAUAUAUAUUCCUUUUAAAUGUUUUUUUAAAAUUACAACAAAUAACACUUUAUGCUCUUUAGACUCACUCUAACACUUAGUACAAGUACAGUGUAUUGUCUGUAUAAAGACUGGUGUUUUUCUGGAUGGGUGUAAUUUUACCUGCUAACAUAAGGGGGCAUUGCAGACUCACUUUAUUAUGAGGUGCUCUUUAAUUCUUAUUCCUCAGAUUUAGUUUCUCAGAAAUAGCCCUACAUGGAUAAAGAUUCCCUAUAUCUCAGAAUCAGGUAUCAGGUCUUUUGAAUUUUGUACAUGAUUAGACACUUUGCCAUGAGGAAAUAUUGUAGAAACUAAUUCCGUUAGAAAGUUAAGGCUUUGAACUGAACUUGAACUGUGCAUAAUGCAAUAACAGGACACAGUCUCAUAUAGCAGCAAUGGGAAUUGGACCGGAGGUUUGUUGUGAUUGUGCCUGUAGUGUUUUGUUAUUGUAAAAUUCAGAGGGGGCAGAUUUGCUGCUCAUUAUCCACAGAAUCCCAUGCAUUUAUUAACUGAUUAAAAUCCGCAGCUUUCCAUCAGCUUUUAUUAUGAAAGCAAACAAACACAUGGUCAUAUGCCAUCUUGAUAAUUAAUUUUGGAAAAUCCAUUGUUCCAGAGGUCAUUGUCAAGUGGUCCUGCAUUAUUUAUGGGAGGGAGACAGUUUUAGAGCACUGCUUUCGCCUUAAGCUUUUACAGAUUAAUUUGCCAUGAAGUGUUCAGGAUGUAGUGGGUAAAACCUGAGAACGAGCUGUUCAUCUCUAAAUGGAAAAGUGUGGGAAAUAAAACAAGGGCACUUACAAUUGAAAUUCAAUUUCGUAAAAGAUAGUAUAUGUUUAAUAAAGUCUACCUUUAUUAAUUAUUAUUAUGUCCUUCAUGAUUAUUAGAUAUCAUGUUAGUGCGACUAAAUGGUUUAAAAACUGUGACUUGUGUUCCUAAUUAAA